CCCGGCUUCCCGCGAGCGUCGCUCCGUGGUGCGGGCCGCGUCUGGUUGGGUCUCCGUCGAGCCGACUGUGGUGGACGCCGGGAGGCGAAGGCCGUUCCCGAGCUGCGGCCUCGAGGCGGUUCCCGGUGGCUGGGGCAGCAGGGCGCGGGCCCGACGCGGCCGCGACCGACGACGUGGGCCGGGCGAGGAGUGGCCUGCAGUGUGAGUGGCUGAGUCCACAAAGACACCCAGACAGUAGACCGCACCAUUGUGCAUCCAGCACUCCCAGCUUCCGGUUCCCGAAUCAGCAAAAAACUCAACCCUAAAACCCUUUCUUCAGAACACUCAUCUCCCAGCAUUUGCCGUGAGCGGGGUUCUCCUUUGACCUCGCACAAGUUCAUACUACACACCUGGGGCUCUGUUACUACUAAAGAGAAGAUGGCGAUGACUGCGGCAACUGUAGUGGUUCCUGCUGAGUGGAUCAAGAACUGGGAGAAAUCUGGGAGAAGCGAAUUUUUGCGUUUAUGCCGGAUUCUCAGUGAAAGUAAAAGCCGCGACACUUUGGCUUGUAGAGAUUUCCAACAAGCUCUCUAUGAGUUGUCAUACCAUGUCAUUAAAGGAACUUUAAAGCCGGAACAGGCAUCCAGUGUUCUCAGUGACAUCAGUGAAUUUCGUGAAGAUAUUCCACUUAUUCUUGCCGACAUAUUCUGCAUAUUAGAUAUUGAGACGAAUUGUUUAGAAGAAAAGAACAAGAGAGAUCAUUUUACACAGUUGGUAUUAGCAUGUUUAUAUUUAGUUUCAGACACAGUUCUAAAGGAACGCUUGGAUCCAGAAACAUUGGAGUCAUUAGGCCUUAUCAAACAAUCACAGCAGUUCAGUCAGAAGUCAGUUAAAAUCAAGACGAAACUCUUUUACAAACAACAGAAGUUCAAUUUGUUAAGAGAAGAAAAUGAAGGUUAUGCCAAGCUUAUUGUUGAAUUGGGGCAAGAUUUAUCUGGAAAUAUUACUAGUGAUUUAAUCUUAGAAAUUCUCAAAUCUUUAAUAGGUUGCUUUAAUCUAGACCCCAAUCGAGUUUUGGAUAUCAUAUUAGAGGUGUUUGAGUGUAGGCCAGAACACCAUGAUUUCUUUAUAUCUUUAUUAGAAGCUUACAUGAAUAUGUGUGAACCACAAACAUUGUGUCAUAUUCUUGGAUUCAAAUUCAAGUUUUACCAGGAACCAAAUGGUGAGACUCCAUCAUCUUUGUAUACAGUCGCAGCAGUACUUCUACAGUUUAAUCUUAUCGAUUUGGAUGAUCUUUAUGUACACCUUCUUCCAGCUGAUAGUUGCAUUGUGAAUGAAUACAAACGAGAAAUUGUGGAAACUAAGCACAUUGUCAGAAAACUUACAAUGGUUGUAUUGCCUUCUGACAAAAGUGAUGAACGAGAGAAAGAAAAGAAAAAAGAUGAUAAAGUAGAAAAGGCACCCGACAAUCAAAAACUUGGUUUGUUGGAAGCCUUGUUAGUUAUUGGUGAUUGGCAGCAUGCACAGAGUAUUAUGGAUCGAAUGCCUCCAUACUAUGCAGCGUCACAUAAAGUAAUAGCCCUUGCUAUCUGCAAUCUUAUACACAUAACUAUUGAGCCUCUUUACCGAAGAGUUGGUGUUCCUAAAGGUGCUAAAGGCUCACCUGUCAAUUCUUUGCAAAACAAGAAGUCACCAAAGCCAGCAGAGAGCUUUGAAGACUUAAGGAGAGAUGUAUUCAGUAUGUUCUGUUAUCUUGGUCCUCACCUUUCUCAUGAUCCCAUCUUAUUUGCAAAGGUUGUGCGCAUAGGCAAGUCAUUUAUGAAGGAAUUUCAGUCUGAUGGGAAGCAAGAAAAUAAAGAGAAAAUGGAAGUCAUCUUUAGUUGUUUGCUUAGCAUCACUGACCAGGUACUUCUUCCGUCUCUUUCUUUGAUGGAUUGCAAUGCGUGUAUGUCAGAGGAACUAUGGGGAAUGUUUAAAACAUUUCCUUAUCAGCAUAGAUACCGCUUAUAUGGCCAAUGGAAGAAUGAGACUUACCAUAGUCACCCACUUUUAGUAAAAAUCAAAGCUCACACAGUAGACAGAGCCAAGUACAUUAUGAAGCGUCUAACAAAGGAAAAUGUGAAGCCUUCAGGAAGACAGAUUGGGAAACUGAGCCACAGCAAUCCAACCAUUUUGUUUGAUUAUGUCUUGUCACAAAUACAGAAAUAUGAUAACUUAAUAACACCUGUGGUAGACUCAUUGAAAUAUCUCACUGCGUUGAAUUAUGAUGUUUUGGCCUAUUGUAUCAUUGAAGCAUUAGCUAAUCCAGAAAAAGAAAGAAUGAAGCACGAUGACACAACCAUCUCAAGCUGGCUUCAGAGCCUGGCUAGUUUCUGUGGUGCAGUUUUUCGUAAAUACCCAAUUGAUCUUGCUGGUCUUCUUCAGUAUGUAGCCAAUCAAUUAAAGGCAGGCAAAAGUUUUGACCUGCUUAUAUUGAAAGAAGUGGUACAAAAAAUGGCAGGAAUAGAAGUUACAGAGGAAAUGACAAUGGACCAGCUAGAGGCUAUGACUGGUGGGGAGCAACUGAAAGCUGAGGGUGGAUAUUUUGGCCAGAUAAGAAACACUAAAAAAUCCUCUCAGAGAUUGAAGGAUGCACUGCUGGACCAUGACCUUGCCCUUCCUCUCUGUUUGCUUAUGGCCCAGCAGAGGAAUGGUGUGAUCUUUCAGGAAGGCGGAGAGAAACAUUUGAAGCUUGUAGGGAAGCUGUAUGACCAGUGUCAUGAUACUUUGGUACAGUUUGGUGGGUUUUUAGCUUCAAAUUUAAGCACAGAUGAUUACAUAAAGAGAGUACCUUCAGUUGAUGUACUGUGUAAUGAAUUUCAUACGCCCCAUGAUGCAGCAUUUUUUCUGUCUCGGCCGAUGUAUGCGCACCAUAUUUCAUCAAAGUAUGAUGAACUUAAGAAAUCAGAAAAGGGUAGUAAACAGCAACAUAAAGUUCAUAAAUAUAUUACAUCAUGUGAGAUGGUGAUGGCUCCUGUCCAUGAAGCAGUGGUCUCCUUACACAUUUCCAAAGUCUGGGAAGAUAUCAGCCCUCAAUUUUAUACCACUUUCUGGUCUCUGACAAUGUAUGACCUUGCAGUUCCACACACUAGCUAUGAACGAGAAGUCAAUAAACUUAAGAUCCAGAUGAAAGCAAUAGAUGACAAUCAAGAAAUGCCUCUGAAUAAAAAGAAAAAAGAGAAAGAGCGCUGUACUGCCCUUCAAGACAAGCUUCUUGAAGAGGAAAAGAAACAGACGGAGCAUGUGCAGCGAGUUCUACAGAGACUGAAAUUGGAAAAGGACAACUGGCUCUUAGCAAAAUCUACUAAAAAUGAGACCAUCACAAAGUUUCUCCAGCUGUGUAUAUUUCCUCGUUGUAUUUUUUCAGCAAUUGAUUCUGUUUACUGUGCGCAUUUUGUUGAGUUGGUCCACCAACAGAAGACUCCAAAUUUCUCCACACUUCUCUGCUAUGAUCGAGUUUUCUCUGAUAUAAUUUACAUGGUUGCUAGCUUUACUGAAAAUGAAGCUAGUCGAUAUGGUAGAUUUCUUUGCUGCAUGUUAGAGACAGUGACUAGGUGGCAUAGCGACAGAUCCACCUAUGAGAAGGAAUGUGGAAACUAUCCAGGAUUCCUUACUAUAUUACGAGCAACUGGAUUUGAUGGUGGAAAUAAAGCGGAUCAGUUAGAUUAUGAAAAUUUUCGACAUGUUGUACAUAAGUGGCAUUAUAAACUAACCAAGGCAUCGGUACAUUGCCUUGAAACAGGUGAAUAUACUCAUAUCAGAAAUAUCUUGAUUGUGCUCACAAAAAUACUGCCAUGGUACCCCAAAGUUUUAAAUCUGGGACAGGCUUUGGAAAGAAGAGUACAUAAAAUCUGCCAAGAAGAGAAAGAAAGGAAGCCAGAUCUGUAUGUACUAGCAAUGGUCUACUCUGGGCAGCUGAAAAAUAGAAAGUCAUACAUGAUACCUGAAAAUGAAUUUCAUCACAAAGAUCCUCCUCCAAGAAAUGCUGCUUCAAGUGUACCAAAUGGACCUAGUAGCGGGCUGCCGUCUUCCAUAGGAAACACGUCUAAGUCAGAUGAAAGUAGUACUGAGGAGACUGACAAGUCAAGGGAAAGGUCUCAGUGUGGCCUGAAAGCUGUCACUAAAGCCUCUAGUGCCGUACCAAAAGGGAAUUCAAACAAUGGAAACAGCGGCUCCAACACCAAGGCUGUUAAGGAAAAUGACAAAGAAAAGGGGAAGGAAAAGGAAAAAGAAAAAAAAGAAAAGACCUCAGCUGUUAUUCCAGAAGUUAGGGUACUUUGUAAAGACAAUAAAGAAAAACCCAAGGAAGAGCAGCCAAAUAAAGAUGAGAAAAUAAGAGAGACCAAGGAAAGAAUGCCUAAAUCUGACAAAGAUAAGGAAAAAUUAAAGAAGGAGGAAAAAGCUAAAGAUGAGAAGUUCAGGAUCACUGUCCCUAACUUAGAGUCAAAGUCUACUCAAGAAAGAGAAAAAGAGAAAGAGCCAUCAAGAGAAAGAGAUUUAGCAAAGGAAAUGAAAUCAAAAGAAAAUGUUAAAGGAGGAGAAAAAACACCAGUUUCUGGGUCCUUGAAAUCACCUGUUUCCCGAACAGAUAAUGCAGAGCCCGAAAGAGAAAAACGUCGCAAGGUAGAUUCCCAUCCUUCUCCAUCCCAUUCGUCCACAAUAAAGGACAGUCUCAACAAACUGAAGGAGUCUUCAGCAAAGCUCUACAUCAACCAUGCUCCACCACUGUUGUGCAAGAGUAAGGAGAGAGAAAUGGACAAGAAAGAUUUGGACAAGUCAAGGGAAAGAUCCAGAGAGAGAGAAAAAAAAGAAGAAAAGGACCGGAAAGAGCGGAAAAGGGAUUAUUCAAACAGUGACCGGGAAGUGCCUCUAGACUUAGUCAAAAGGCGGAAAGAUGAAAAUGGAAUAUUGGGGACUUCAAAGCACAAAAGUGAAAGCCCCUGUGAGUCUCUUUAUCCAAAUGAGAAAGACAAGGAAAAAAAUAAGUCAAAAUCCUCAGGCAAAGAAAAGGGUGAUUUCUUUAAACCUGAAAAGGUGGAUAAAGUAUCCAGUGGGAAAAAGGAGUCUGGACAUGAUAAAGAAAAGGUAGAAAAGAAAGAGAAAUGGGACAGUUGUGGAGAUAAGGACGAGAAGAAGCAUCAUAAGUCCUCAGACAAGCACAGAUAAUGAAGACUUUGAGCCAGUGGGCAGGCCUCCAAGCUGAAGGGCUCCCAGCAGAGGAUGCCAGAGCUCUGGGUCACUCUCAAAACUUAAAUUACGAGCUCCUGGUGCUGUUCAUCUUAUGAGAAUCUGUGUUACAUCAGAAGAUGAAUAUGCAUCCCAUCCUCUUGAGACAUUGCAAAGUCAAUGGUUUUCAGAACAUUAUUUUACCUCCAGGCAGUUUCUUGCAGCAAGAUCCCUGUGCGUACAUUUUUUUUUUCUUGAAAUGACACCAUCCAGAAACAGCAUUUAUGAAAUUUUCACCAGCGGAUUCUUGGAUCACCCUUGGAAAGGAAAAAGGAAUUCUCUUUUCUUCAAUGGAAGACUUCUGGGAGGGCCUGCUGUGCGUUUGCCAAUAUAUAAGAAGUAGGCUAUGGUGCAUUGUUGAAGUUACUGUUCUGCCUUCAAAGGGUGACUUAGUACCAGUUAUAGAAAAUAUCUUGCAGGUGCCUUGCAACUCUUUAGGUCUUCAGAGACUCAUUACCUAUUUAAUCUCCAUAGCAAACUACAAGUUCCUAGAUAGCAUAAGCACAUCCUCAAUCUGCGGUGCCUUUUCCUAUGUGCUACUUCAUCGCACGUCAUUGCUAAGAAACUGUGUGCAGCUCCUACUGUGUGCCAGACCCUGUUCACAGACGACCUCCUCUUCCCUCACAGAAUGCCUCUGAGCUCUUCAAAUUCAUGUUCUAACAGGACCAUGAGCCAGCUCUCACAAGCAUGUCAUGCUGUGCCAAAGACCUCUGUAGCUUUGCCGUUAUGUUCUUCACUGUUUGUGGCACACUCUCAGUUGGCAUAGCUCAUCUUUGGCACUUAAUUGGAUGACUUAAGUGCCUUCCAAGAAUACUUGAGGGACCGAGGCAGUCAUCAUGGAGCAUGGCCAGACUUGACACCAGAUAUGAUCUUCAGCAGAUGAUGGAUAGAGUCUAGUACAGAGGGCUCCAUUGGAUUUCAUGCCUGCCCUGACUGCCUGGGAAGAGCAUGAACAGAGGAAUGGAACAUUCCAUUGCAGUAUGGUGUCCCAGUCCCAGGUGUUGAUCAUAAGGCACGAGAUCGUGGAGCUGGAAGAGACAUGAGACAGGUGGUGACAGUGAGGUCACAGGGAACAGAUGAUCUGCUAAUGCAGUGCACCAAGGGUUGGAGUGUUGGAGCUGAUGAUGCAGCGCCCCCUUCAGGUCAGCAUCCUCAGAUGACAGUGAGACCCAGAAGUCCUCCCCCUCCUUCCAGUCUGCAGUGGACCUAGAAGUCGGAGACGGAAACGGGGGUGCCAGGAUCUACAUGUGGUAAUCCACUGUGUGGUUCUGAGUGGAUUUGCCAUAACAAGUACAUUAUUUAUGCCUGAUAAUCAUAUGAUGCUGGUCUUUAUAACUAAUCAUUAAUCUUCUGCACUUGAUUUUAUUUUCUAUAAACUUUACCUAUGGAUGGAAGAAGGAAGACUUCCUCACAUGACAGAUCUGACUUUGAAAUAUUGAACCAAGAAAAAAAAAAAACAACUGGAAAAUAUGUUGAGAAGUACGCCCAAUUGCUGCCCUGCCUAAUUCUGUUCAGGAGACAAUGAAGUAGCUUUUUAAAGCUGGAACUGUAAAGACUCCUGAGUACACUUACAGCCACAAGUCAGCAUUGCCAUUUUUAGCCAGUGUGUAGAAGGAAAGGAGGGCAUGUCUUUCCAUGCUGACGGAACUAUGUGGUUGUGCAUUUCAGGCUCCCUCUACUUGUAAACUUUAAACCAUACGGAUAAACCAUAGUGUGGCCAUGUCCCCAUUGUGCUGGAGUUUGUAUCAAUAGUUAAGAUGUUAAAACUGCACUCUUUUUUUGCCUACUUUCUCAUAACUGAUAUCUGUGGGACUAGCUGUAUUUCUUGGUUUUUUGUAUUGUUUAGCUCUAUAAAAUGGCCCUAGAAAAUCUCCAAAUAGUGUCUCUAACUACAACAAAGGAGAAUUGUAUGGUUCCUUAAAUUCACACUAAAUUUGAUUUAGAACAGUUUUAGUGUGAAUGUUUUCAUGUCUCAGUUUAUUUGAAACUCAAUAUUCAAAGCUCUCUAGUAGAACCAACUUAUUAAAUGUUACUUUAGUGUGCAGUGAACAGUUAAGCAACUGUUUAAGAAUGAGACUGUUUUGAAAUUCAUUAUGAAUCAUAAAACAAAAGUCUUAAUUUUUCAGAGACAUGGUCUCAGAUAUUCUUGGUCCAGUAUGUCAGAAUAGAAUUUAUAAUACAAACAAAGUUUGCUUUAAUUAAAAGACUUUUUUUGCUGCAAGUCCCAUCUGUUCUCAGAAAGCGUCAGGUAGAGUUUGCAUUAGUAGAAGAGGAAGGCGUCCACUAACUCUGUAAAAGUCUGUUCUCAACUGGAAGUGGUUGUUUUCCAAACAUACUGUGUAUUGUAUGGUCCUCUGCGAUCUGAAGGGAUAAGAAGGAUACAGUUGAGGACGGGUGAUUUACCCUCAGCUCUUGAACCAGUAGAGAAACCCUAUUUUUAGUGCUUGUCUUACAUUCUUGUAUUAAUUACUAGACUAUGUUAGUCAUGUCUCCAAUGAAAACAGGAGCCGACAAGUCAGUUAAUGAAUGAAACAUCUGAUUUUAACGGGAUUUUCAUAUGUUUCAUCUCCAUCUCUUCUAUGAGUAUGGUGAACAGUUCUUCCUUCCUGAUAAAGUUUGUCUUCCAUGCAUAUUGAGUUUAUAUAUUUAUCGUGUAUACCUGCUGUUACAUGAAAACAACUUUCAACUUUAAGUGAGGCCGUUAUGUGGUAUCCAUGUUUAUUGAUCAUGUGCCACAUAUUCACUGCAGUCCCUAGAGAGUAUUUAUGAUAUAUAUUAUGUACUGUCUUUUAUUAUAAUAUUGUACAAAAUUCUUUCCUUUUACCCAUGAGUGCCAUCUGUUUGUUUUUUGGUUUGUUUGGGUUUUUUCUUCUUGAGUCAAAGAAUAAAGUUUAAUCCCUUUCCUCUA